GGUUCAAAGUUCGGAUCUCACACACACACAGUUUCAGGACUGCCUCUGAUUGUGUUUGUGUUUUCCCUCAGUCGCUGAACUCUUGCUAUUGAGCUUUCUGAGUUCCAGAAUGACCCGUUGGGCCCUCUUUGCUCCCCUCCUACUCCUGCUGGGCCUGUGCCUCCACAGUGCUGUCAGUCAGGAUGCUGAGGAGCCAGCUGCUGAAACACCACCACCACCACCACCACCACCACCCCCGGCCUCUGAUGGCACGCAGGCGGAGGAAGAGGACGGUGACUGGGGAAUAAACUCCCUGAGAGGCGGCUUUGAGUCGGUCGGUGGAUACUUUGACUCCAUGCUGGAGUUCAUGGGUGGACGUGAUGGAGUGUGCCAAUACCGCUGUCGAUAUGGUAAAGCUCCUCUUCCUCGCCCGGACUACCAGAUGCCUGAACCUGACGGCUGUGGCUCCUACUUCUUUGGUCUUCCUGUUCCAGAUGGGGUGGACAUGGGCAUCCCCGCCAUGACCAAGUGUUGCAAUCAGCUGGACAUGUGUUAUGACACCUGCGGCUCCAACAAGUACCGCUGCGACUCCAAGUUCCGCUGGUGCCUCCACAGCAUCUGCUCCGACCUCAAGAAGAGCCUCGGCUUUGUGUCAAAAGUUGAAGCAUGUGAAGCAGUAGCAGACACCUUUUUCAACACGGUGUGGACUCUGGGCUGCAGGCCCUACAUGAACGGCCAGAGAGCAGCAUGCUUCUGUCAAGGAGAGGAUAAAGAUGAACUUUAGAUUACAGCAUAAGCCACUCUCCUUUUUAUAACAGCACCAACCCCAGCAAGCCCUCAGAAGAUGAGGGGGUUAUGGUGUUGUGAGGACUGCUGUGUGACUACUUGAGUAAUUUAUUUGUUUUGAGUGCGUUCUGGUUUUGUUCGCUCAUUAUUUUACCUUACAGCAACAUUUAGAUGUUAUUUUCAAAUGUUUAACUGUGUUGCAAUUCCAAACUGUAUUUGUUAGAAGAGCUCUGUGCUGUGAACUCCACUUUACAACACAUAGAUAACCUCUUGUGCCCAUGUCCUACUUAGGAUAGUCCACCGUAUGAAUAAAUGUUAUUGACACAUAAA